AACUCCUUGGCAGUUCUAAACAAAAACACCGCGAGACGACAACAUGAGGGUAACGAAGUGAGCGCUGUUGCGUUUUCUCUGUACGGGAAUAUCAUGUAAAUACCCUGUAUUUGUGCUGCAAGGGCAGCUUAUGCUCUCCUGUGUUCUAAGAAACGGUAAAAUAUUAUGGGAGCUAAGCAGUCUAGCCACAAUGGCCGAGCGAACGCGCGUAAUGUCGGCAACGGAGCCGCGGUUGCAGCAGCCGGUUUACCAGAAGGUUCAAGGGUUGUUGCGCUGGAUUCACGGAUAAGAACUCGUUCACUGAACAAUGUUGGACAAUCUUUAUCCAUUCCUGGCCAUUCGGCUUCAUUUCAAGAGUCUGAUUUGUCCUCUUCGCCGGAGGAUAAUUCUCCAUCUCCGCGAGGACUUGCGAUGCAAGGAGCGCAUUCGCUCCCAUCUCAUUUGUUCGCCACUUACACUACAUUUCUAAACGGGGUGAAAUGUCCCGUUUGUUCGAAAGUAGUUUUGGCUGACGAUAUUGAACUUCAUCUGGUAAUUUGCCUCACGAAACCACGUAUUUCGUAUAACGAGGAUGUACUGAAACAGGACAAUGGAGAAUGUGUUAUAUGUCUGGAAGACUUGUGUAUAGGUGAUAAAAUAGCAAGGCUUCCGUGUUUGUGUAUAUACCAUAAGAGUUGUAUUGAUAAUUGGUUCCAGGUGAACAGAUCUUGUCCGGAGCAUCCAACAAAUUAGAAAUAGGCCUUUCACCCUACUCAAAUUUUUUUCUGAAUUUAAUCAAGUUAAAGCUGGCUAGUUAAUCUGAUGACUCCACAUAGUACAGCACUAUGGGCCAUUUGAGUAGAGGAUGUUCCAGUGUAUAAAGACACUCAUUCCUGGCAUUGAUAAGUCCUGAAAACAGCAGUUAAAAAGGCUAUUCUGUAGAAAAUUGUGGUAUGGCAGGCUGCAGCUGGACUUUCAUUUACACACAGGCUCAGUUUGUUUGAAUUGCAAGGAUGAAGACAGACAGUGCCAAGACCUAUAGAACUCUAUCAAAACAAACUGAAGGAUAUGUUAUGUUUAAAAGGUCCACUUAAUGAGACUGAGAAUUCAGGGUACCUCUGGAAUAGAAAGAUUCCUCGUUAUAGCCCAGUUUCUUCACAGGAUCGAUAACUCUGUCCACCAGAUAAGUCACUGUCAAGUGGAUCACAUCAUUUGCUAAUGUCAAUAAUAACAUGUACCCUCUUACCCUAUCAGAUAGCUGUAGCAACUCUGUGAACAGUUGGGGUCAGCUGGGCAAUGAUUCAGCUAUAAUGUGACAAUUUUUAGAAUUCAAUCAAAUGCACUUAACAUACUUUCCCCCAGGGCUCAUUAAGAUAAGUAAACUUGUGAUCUGCAGACUGGCUAGCAGAGACAAUAUUCCCAGACUAUGAAUCUCAUAGAUUUAAUGGGGACUGUUUUCUAGGAAAGCCAAGGAGACUCCUUAGGUUAGUACUUGACAGCCCUGUCAGCUUUGUUAUAUACAUAGGUUAUCCUGGGUAAACAGAAGCAAGACCACCAAAGUUUAAAGUGUCUAUAUGGCCAAUAGGGUUUUUGUGGUUUUGAUAUCUCUAUAACAUGUAAAAGGUAUUCUAACUAAAAAAUUGGGAUUCUGAUGCUUUUUUCAGAUAUGUCCAGGAUUGAAUGCUAAUGAGAUUCAUAUUUCUUAUGAUAAGCAUCAAAAAGUGUCCUCAGUGGUAAAAAGUCACCAAAACACACACAAUUCUGUUAAAUAUGAAGUUAUAUGAAAAUGUCAAAUAACCCUGCCAAAUAUGAAGUAUUAAUUAAGCAAUACUUGCGUGUAAUCCUGGACAUAAGUGGCUUUUUUGUGCUAUAAAAUUGAGCUUUAAAGUUCCUGUUUUGGCCACACCUAAUGAAGUUGACCGCAUAAUGAAAGAUUUGUGAUGAGUGAUGUUAUGUCAGGAAUGCCUUGAAGCUUCUCUGUCUUUUUUGUUUUGCUUGCUUGAUGACCACAGCACUUCACCACUGAACUUCUGUUUGUUUUUGCUAAAAGCUGUUCAACUCCUCACCAUCACCGAAACAACAGUGACAUGAACUAGGGCGAUUUGGUGUUUCCUGACAUGAUGUUAUGACCCAUUAAGGAACCCAAACUCUUUUUUUGCACUGACCCACAGUGAACUUCAUUGGGUGGUGACGAAGUGGGAACUUUAAAGCUCAAUUUUAGGACAAAAAAAGUGUCCGAAUCCAAUUUUUUUUUCUCAUAAUACCUUUUUACACAUAGAGAUAUCAAAACUACAAAAACCCUGUUGGUAGUAUACAAACUUAAAUGGAGAGAGCAUUACAAAUGCCGUUUUCAACCAUUUUAUGCUUCACCAGUGCAGGUUGCCACUUAUACAUGGGCUGGUCAGUUAAACAUUUAAUUUGCCUCUCCUCAGCUUAUGGAGUUUAUCAUCUUUUAAACUGUUUGUAACUAAGUAAAGUAAUUUAUUGAUCUUUUGAUUUAUCUUCAUAAUUCUUAUCUUACGUAAGGCAAGCUUUUCAAUAUUAUUACAGUCAACUGUUGUUGGGACGAUCUAGAUGUAAUUAAAUUACAGUAGUUCAUUACUAGUGGCUGAUUACAUUAGUGGUAAUUCUUUUGCUUUGUUAAACAAGAGGUUAAUUGUUUGCUAGCAUUCAAGGAGGGAUUUUGUUAAUA